AUAAAAAAUUUACUGAAUUAUAAACAAAAGUUUAUAUACUAAUGGUCCCUCAAUUCCUUUCGGAAGUCUGCAAUCUUGGUGUAUUUUAAUUAUUUAUUUAAAUUGUGACUUAAUUUGACAACAAUCAUGGGUCGUGUUCGUACCAAAACAAUCAAAAAAGCUUCACGUGUUAUCAUUGAAAAAUACUACACUAGAUUAUCAUCGGAUUUCCAUACCAAUAAAAGAAUAUGUGAAGAAAUUGCUUUAAUUCCUAGCAAAAAACUUAGGAAUAAGAUUGCUGGUUUCGUUACACAUUUAAUUAAACGUAUCGAGAAAGGACCAGUCCGAGGAAUCAGUAUCAAGCUUCAAGAAGAAGAAAGAGAACGUCGUGACAACUAUGUACCUGAAGUCUCUGAAAUUGAUUUAGAUGUUAUUGAAGCUGACCCAGAUACUAUGGAGAUGUUAAAGAUGAUGAGUAUGGAUACUAUUCCAAGACUUCAACAAACUAACCUUACUGUGUUCAAAGGUUAAUAUAAAUAAUGAUAAUAAUAACUACAAUAACAACUGUACCGUCUAAA